AACAUACACGCGCCCGACCGUUGCGGUAAAGACGGAACUGCGAGGUGGUCGGUCGCUGCUGGUAGUUGUUAAAAAAAAGAGAAGGAUAUCACACGAGCGGAAUUCAAGUUUGCUGUCGGAAAUUCGUGAGCUUACUCUGAAAACCGUUGUUUGACAAAAAACACCAUGGAGAACGCCGUGCUGAACCUCCAGAGUUUAUACGAGAAGAUGCGGUCGCAAGUUGAACUUCUCAACGAGGGUGUGGAACCAAGUUUCAUUCGCAUGGCUCAAAACUUUGAAGACUGCCGGCGCAAGUGGCUGAUGGCGGAAGGAAAUCUGGAAUCCUGCAAGGAGAUUCUCACCAAAACUGAGACAGAGAGAAGUUCCUUGGAGGUCAAACUGAAGCAUGCCCGCAAUCAAGUGGAUAUAGAGAUUCGGCGCAGGCAGAAAGCAGAAGCUGACUGUGAAAAUCUGGACCGUCAGAUCCAGUUAAUAAGGGAUCUUCUAAUUAGCGAGGGCUCUUCAAACAGCAUCCAGCUUAGUGCAGAGCAGCGCUCUGCUCUGGCCUUCCUCAACACAAACAGCCAGGGAGCGGCCACUCUGAAUACAAGCCGAAGACUGACCACCAUAGACGAGUCUGGUUCCAUCUUGUCAGAUAUCAGCUAUGACAAAACCGAUGACUCCCUUGAUUGGGACUCGACCACUGUGAGGCCAGUCCGACUCAGGAGGCGACAAAAGCGGCGCUCAUCUAGACAUCAUGUGGACGGCCCUUCUAAAAGAACUCGACCAACAGGCAUGAUACAGGAGCGGACCAAUGAGAGCCUCGUGACCACCACCACCGUGACUGUUCCAGCCGAUGGCGGACCCGUUGAGGCAGUUUCUACCAUUGAGACGAUUCCAUAUUGGACCCGUAGCAAGAGAAGAACUGCUGCUAUGGAGUGGGACUCCGAAUCUGUCACGUCUGAGGAUGUUUUCAAACAGCCCGUCGACCCGGUGGCCGAGAAAAAAAAUGAGCCAUGCACGCCGCAGAAAACCAAAGGUGUUCGUCAGCAUGAGUUUGUCUCCAAAACGGUCAUAAAACCAGAGUCCUGCGUGCCUUGUGGGAAGAGAAUCAAGUUUGGCAAGGUAGCACUGAGGUGCUGUGACUGCCGAGUGGUUUCUCACCCAGAGUGUCGGGACCGAUGCCCUCUGCCAUGCAUACCCAACCUUGGAAGUACACCUGUGAAAAUUGGGGAGGGUGUGCUUGCAGACUACGUCCCAGACGUUUCACCAAAAAUUCCCCUUCUUGUUGUCCACUGCAUCGGUGAAAUUGAACAACGAGGAAUGAACGAGGCUGGACUGUACCGACUGUCUGGUGCUGAACGCACAGUAAAGGAGCUGAAGGAGAAGUUUCUCCGUGGAAAAACUGUUCCUGUGUUGAGCAAAGUGGAAGACAUUCACGCCAUCACUGGCCUUCUCAAGCAGUUCCUGCGCAACCUGAAGGAACCUCUGCUCACCUUCCACCUGAAUCGUCAAUUCAUGGAAGCAGCCGAGGCUUCAGAUGAUGACAACAGCAUCGCCUUAAUGUACCAAACUGUGGGUCUGCUGCCACAUGCUAACAGAGAUACUCUGGCCUUCCUGAUCCUGCAUCUUCAGAGAGUGGCUAAGAGUUUGGACACAAAGAUGGACGUCAGUAACCUGGCUCGGGUCUUUGGUCCCACAAUUGUGGGUCAUGCCGUUCCUACCCCAGACCCCAUGACCAUUCUACAGGAUACAAAACGGCAACCAAAGGUCGUGGAGCGUCUACUGGAACUGCCAGCGAGUUACUGGGCCCAGUACGUGAAGUCCGAAAAUGAGAUUCCGCGCUCGGAUCACCUGAUUUUCCAGAACUCAAACUGCUACACUCCUGAAAGAGUGACUUUGCUCGGCCCCCUGACGACUCCGGAGCAGCAAUUGAAUAAAACCCCGUCCUCCAGCUCACUGUCGCAGCGCUUCAAGUCCUCGCUGACACCCAGAUUCGGGAGCAAGAGCAAGUCGGCAGCUGCACUUCCUCAAGGGAAGUUCUUUCAGUCUCCACUCCUGAAAUAAUCCAGAUCAAUUUAUUCUGCACAUGCAACACUCAUUGUUUUUCAUGUCUCACGUUAGGAGAUAUACAUUGGUUGUUUUAUCUGUUUGAAAAUCACUUGUUGUUAUUGUUGUAUUUUUAUUUUUACAUCAGACCAAGUGCCAGUGUUCUGCUCCCGUUGUUUGAUAAAUGUACUUGUUUGAAGUAUGGAAAGUGACCCACAUCGACCUGCCCCAACAAUAUAGCAACAAUUUGCACAGUAUGAAUUGCAAGAGCUGCAUCACACAUUCUGCCCCAAUAAAAACCAGGUUCAGUUGUGAUUGCAAACAGUUUCUAAUUAUAUCUUUUGGGUCUUUUGUAUCUGAGAUAACCAAAAUUUGUAUUCAUAUCUGAUCAGGUCACCCAAAACAACCUGGUUCAUAUGUAAAAUACAGCUCCUGUUGGACAUACUGAUUAGUCGAAGUAGUCCUAAUGUGGCUAGUUUGUGAUCCCCCCCCCCCCCCCCCCCUUCCAUCAUUUCUGUAGACCACUUUUUCAACUCAUGUGUCACUCAGAAGUUGAAAAGUAUGUUUAGACAUUUCAUUAUUGAAGGUACUCCUUCCUGUUUUAGGUUAACUGCAGUUCAGUGUUGAUGUACUUUUUCACUUAAUAAAAUAUACGA